AUGACCAAGGCCCCUUUCUCCGUGGAAUGGUUGUCCCAGAGCAGCCAAGCUCUCAAGAGCCCCGCCGAGGGCUCUCCACACCGAGCAUCGCCCGGCUCCAGCCGCAGCGAGCGGAGCCCGGAUCCGCCGGCGGCGCGGCGGGACGGGAGGGGCGGCCGGAGCAGGGAGCGCACGGACAGCGCUCCCGCCGCAGGAGCAGGCGGGAGGCCGGCGGCGGAGGAGGGCCCCGAGGAGCCGUGCGGGCGCGGCGGGCGGCGGCUGCGCACGGCGUUCAGCGCCGAGCAGAUCAGCACGCUGGAGAGCUCCUUCCAGCGCCAGCAGUACCUGGGCGCGGCCGAGCGCCGGCAGCUGGCGGGCAGGAUGCGCCUCUCCGAGCUGCAGAUCAAGACCUGGUUUCAGAACCGGCGGAUGAAGCUCAAGCGGCAGCUGCAGGAGCUGAGGACGGAGCCGUUCUGCGGCCCCGCGCUCCCUUACGGACCUCAGGGCGCCGUGCUGCCCUUGCCGCUCGCGUUCGUGGCCCGGCCGCCGCCUCUGCCCCGGCCGGGGGCCGCCUCCGAGGGCUGCGCCCUGGAGCUCAGCAGCGCCUGCCGAGCGCAGCCGCUCGGCCUGUGGGCAGCGCCCUGCUUCGUGGGGUACCGCGACCCCAGAGCCUUCCUGCUGGGUGUCUGACCCUCUGAUGCGAACUGUGACUAAACUAAAGAGGAUUUGCACUACUGAUACACAGCUGCGCUGCCCUCGUCCGUAACUGCCCGGUGGAGUUGAGACGCAGCAGCGAGCAUUUACAAAGACAUGCUGGACAAUCUGAGUCAUGGACUUCAGGCCCUUGCAUUUGUAGGCAACUGUAAAAUAUAAAUGGGGUGGGACAAACAAUAAUAUAAACUGAAUCGUUUAAUAAACCUAUUUUUUUUU